GCUCCGUGCACCACCAUGCGGGACGAGGAACCCCCCCUGCCGCCCGCCUCGCCGUCACCCGCACGCCCCGCGCCCUCGCGCCUUCGUCGCACUCUACACACGCUGCGAACGCCGUUCCGGCCUGGUUCGCCCUUCCACAUCGGCUUGAUCAAGCGCACAGGCUCCUCCAAAUCCGUUGCCUCAGACGGUGAGAUCGGCCGCGACGAACGCACGAUGCGUAAGCGAAAUAAGAAAAACCGCGACGCGGCUAGUGACGCGUCACGCAGCACGGAUAGCUCGCCCAGCGUCGACAAGAAGAAAAAGGAGGGAAAUACCUUUAUGCGCAGGAUGGGGAGCUUUGGUAAGAAACGUGCUAGUGAGUCACCACAACCACCUUCGGAAACUCAACCUUCAUCUGCAAAGCCAACUACAGCAGAGCCUAUCGCAACAAAAUCAACCACAACAGACCCAAUAAUAACAGAACCAAUAAUAACAGAACCAAUAAUAACAGAACCAAUAAUAACAGAGCCAAUCAAAGUAGAGCCAUCUACAGUAAACACAACCACAAGUGAUCCAACCACAAGUGAUCCAACCACAACAGAGCAAUCCCAAAUAACAUCCCCAGACUUGGAACUACCAACCCCUGAUCCGGUGAGUCCUAUUGCUGUAGAACACCCUGUUGCAACGAGACCAUUUUCAAAGUCGGCUUGGAAGCGCAACAGCGAGCCGGAAAUGGAAAAGCCUGUGGAGGACCCCAGCCCAGAGAAUGCACUACGCAGACGAAUUGCAUUUGUAGCUCAAGCAUCGGCUUGCCUUUCGGAGGACCACGAUGAUGGAGAGAGGGGAGGCGCCGAGGUGGGGUCACUGGAAGAGGCGGUGGCGUUGGCGCGCGUGCGGCUGUCGGUGCCUGCACCGCCCUCGCCGACACAGUCGCGCGACGACGACACGGAAGAGGAGGGGUACUCGGACGCGAUGCCCGCGUACGGAGACCUCAUCGAGCCCGACGGCAACGCUGGGAGCGACGGCGCACCGUCACACGCGUCACCCAGCGCAGAGCGUAGGGAGCACCUAUACAAGAUCCUGGUGAUCGGAGAGCUGGGUACCGGGAAGACGUCCAUCAUCAAGCGAUAUGUGCACCAGUUCUUUAGCCAACACUACAGAGCCACCAUUGGCGUGGACUUCGCACUAAAAGUUCUCAACUGGGAUGCGAACACUAUCAUCCGUUUGCAAUUAUGGGAUAUUGCAGGUCAAGAGCGUUUUGGCAACAUGACCCGAGUGUACUACAAGGAGGCUGUGGGCGCGUUCAUAGUAUUCGACGUGUCCAGGGUUGCGACCUUCGACGCCGUGGUCAAAUGGAAGAACGACCUGGAUGCCAAAGUUCAACUGCCUGACGGAUCACCCAUACCUUGCAUAUUGUUGGCGAAUAAGUGCGACCAACAAAAGGAAGGUAUAGUAAACUCUCAAGCCAAGAUGGAGGAGUACUGUCGCGAGAAAGGAUUCGCCGGUUGGUUUGAAACGUCGGCCAAAGAAAAUAUCAAUAUUGAAGAGGCAGCCAGGUCAUUAGUAAAUAAGAUUCUAUUAAACGACAAACUACUCCAGAGCAACGACAACAGAGAUGGUGACAAAUUCGCGCUUGACCACAAGAUUGCAAACGGCGAAAACAGUCGGGAUGGAGGCUCCAAAUCCUGCUCGUGCUGACCUAUCACCGACCGCCAUUCGUAAAAUGGCCAAUCACAACGCGUCACACAAACGCUCCCCUACCUGAGGACCAAUCACGUUGCAUUCUAAAUUUUAAACUCUCUAUUUUUAAUAAAAUAUGCACUUUUUGUUUGAUUGAUGUUAUUGAAAAAUAAUUUAGGAAUUAUGAGAAUUCGAUUUUUUAAGUUAUAAUCUCAAAUGCAAUAUAAUCUGUUAUUUGACUCGACUAGACUUUGCCGCCAAUUUCCUUUUAGGUUUUUCUUUUCAUUAAGAACUAAUCUUUAUGUUUCCGUUCAAUCCUAUUAGGAUUUGUCUUCCUUCUAAGCUUUUUUACAACCUGAUUCUGUAUAUUUUAACAUUUAGUUUUUAUUUUUUGGAUAGGCCGCCAUUUCUCGUUUUUACGAGGUUGAUCAAAUGCCUAUGAUCGAAUUUAUUUUAUUAAGUCUGUAUUUUGACUAAGAAAGCUAUAUCUAUAGAGUCACUCGUGCCAUUUGGCUGAAGUCAUAAAUAUUAUGGUUUAUCAAGAAACGUGGAGGUACGACUAAGAAUUGAACAGUUUAAAUAUUAUGAUAUUUAAUAAAAUAUUGACAUUUCGACUAUUGUUUGAGAAGAAUUCUAUUUCUAUGAGAAUAUUUUAAACUGUGGUGUAUUCUUGUUCGUGCCUGCACUAUGGUUAUUGUAAUAAGUAUUAUCUACUUAUUGUAUGAAAGUGUGAGAGUUGUUACUGUAAAAUAAAAUGUUUAGUGAUGGAG